CGGGGGAGGUAGCGCCGGUGGGAAGUCGGGGGGCAUUGUCAUCUCGCCGUUCCGCCUGGAGGAGCUCACCAACCGCCUGGCUUCGCUGCAGCAGGAGAACAAGGUGCUGAAGAUCGAGCUGGAGACCUACAAACUCAAGUGCAAGGCGCUGCAGGAGGAGAACCGCGACCUGCGCAAAGCCAGCGUGACCAUCCAAGCCAGGGCUGAGCAGGAAGAAGAAUUCAUCAGCAACACUUUAUUCAAGAAAAUUCAGGCUUUGCAGAAGGAGAAAGAAACCCUCGCUGUAAAUUACGAGAAGGAAGAAGAGUUUCUCACUAAUGAGCUCUCCAGAAAAUUGAUGCAGCUGCAGCAUGAGAAGGCUGAACUAGAACAACACCUUGAACAGGAGCAGGAAUUUCAGGUCAACAAACUAAUGAAGAAAAUUAAAAAGCUGGAGAAUGAUACCAUUUCCAAGCAACUUACAUUAGAACAGUUGAGACGAGAGAAGAUUGACCUUGAAAAUACUUUGGAACAAGAACAAGAAGCACUAGUUAACCGUCUCUGGAAAAGGAUGGAUAAACUUGAAGCUGAAAAGCGAAUCCUGCAGGAGAAAUUAGACCAGCCUGUCUCUGCUCCACCAUCACCUAGAGAUAUCUCCAUGGAGAUUGAUUCUCCAGAGAACAUGAUGCGCCACAUUCGGUUCUUAAAGAAUGAAGUGGAGAGGCUGAAGAAGCAACUGCGGGCCGCCCAGUUACAGCAUUCAGAGAAAAUGGCACAGUAUCUGGAGGAGGAACGUCACAUGCGGGAAGAGAACUUGAGGCUGCAGAGGAAGCUGCAGAGGGAAAUGGAGAGAAGAGAAGCCCUCUGUCGGCAGCUCUCCGAGAGCGAGUCCAGCUUAGAAAUGGAUGAUGAGAGGUAUUUUAAUGAGAUGUCUGCUCAAGGAUUAAGACCUCGCACUGUGUCCAGCCCGAUUCCUUACACACCUUCUCCAAGUUCAAGCAGGCCUAUUUCACCUGGUCUAUCAUAUGCAAGUCACACAGUUGGUUUCACGCCGCCGACUUCACUGACUAGAGCCGGAAUGUCUUAUUACAAUUCCCCGGGUCUCCACGUGCAGCAUAUGGGAACGUCCCAUGGUAUCACAAGGCCUUCACCACGGAGAAGCAACAGUCCUGACAAAUUCAAACGGCCCACACCGCCACCGUCUCCAAACACACAGACCCCAGUCCAGCCACCUCCACCUCCACCUCCGCCACCCAUGCAACCCGCGGUCCCCUCAGCAGCCACCUCGCAACCUGCCCCUUUGCAACAUUCGGUGCACCCCUCCCCCCAGCCUUAAUGCAUGUGCUUAGUCUGAAGUUCAAGUUGGGACUCGUCCAACGGACCCGUCUACUCAACGCCAAAGGCUUCUUCCCUGGCAUAUUUGGAUCGGACUUAUUUGCACUGAGGUUAUCUAGGCUUCACUAUUCAUUGUGUUGUAAGUGUUGGUCGGAAACGCAGCCAGUGUUGUGGGUCUACAACACUAACCAGACGACUUCUCCCAUCAGUGUUUUACUUGAAUCUACGUGUACGUCCAUCCCCAGGCUGGAACAUUUGCUAUUUGGUAUUUGGUAAUUCAGCAGCAGUGUGCAAUUUUUGCUUGGCCCCAGAGCUUCAUUUUCCUGGCUUUUAGGUUUGUAAAAUAAAAAGGGAUCUCUUUUUUAUAUAUUUUUUUUUCAUGAAUUUGCCGAAAAUGACCAAGCUGUUUUUGGUCUCUGUCUCUCAUUAUAAUGGUGUUUACUAAACACACAAACAACUCAGCACUACAAUUCAGACCAUUGGAACUCUAGCUUUCAGAGUAGAGUGGAAAGUUAGAUAAAUCAAUGCCCAGUACAUAAAUAUUGUUUAAUAAGAGCUUUCUACAGGUACACUUUCUACAGGUUAUUUUCCAUGUAAGUUGACAUCCUUGUCUCUUGUAAUACAGAUGGUCCAAGGUAAUGAAUCACAUGGUUGUACUUCUCGACGUACAUGGGAUGGAUACUUAUUGUAAAUUAAGGUGUGUUCUUUUCCUUUAUCUUUAAUGUUAACCUACCGAAACUGGCCCCCUCUAACAUGAGUCGAUAAAUGUUGUCCUACCCACCAGUGAUUUCGAUGGCUAAUUAGAAUGUGCUUAUUUGAUUUCUGCUGCAGAAGGCAAUGUGAUUGUAACAAAAACAGAGUGAUUUUCCCUUCCAUUUUUUUUUUUUGUGUGUGUGUGUCCUCCUGAAAUAAGAGUUUGAACAAAUAUUCUAAAGGUGCAAAAAUACUCGUAGAGGAUACUAUUUGAAGUGGACAUUUUAGGAGUAUCAUGGUGUGACGGCCACAAAAUACUGUAUUGCCUGACAGAAGAAGA